AUGUCUGCCGAGACGGUCGCUACGGCCGAGCCACCUCGCCAUGCCAGCUUGGAGGACAAGAUGAAGGAGCUCGAUAGCGUGCCGCUCUUUAUGCGGGAUCUGCCGACGGAGGAAAACACGGCGCUCGAGGCGCUGCAGACUCUCGCGUACGAUGGCCCGCCGGAUGAGGUCGCUGAGAAUUUCAAGAAUCAGGGCAACGAGUACUUUCGCGCAAAGCGGUACAAGGAGGCGCUCGGAUUCUACCAGCAGGGUAUACAGGCGGAGUCGGAAGACGCGAAGCUCAAAGAGACGCUGUAUCUCAACAGCGCUGCAUGCCAUCUCGAGCUUCAUAAUUUUGGAUCUGCGCUGCAUGCGGCACGCGACGCUAUUGUAAUGAACCCACGCUCAGUCAAGGCGCUGUACCGCGCUGCGCGUGCCUUUCUCGCACUGAAUCGCACGAAGGAUGCACGUGGAUGCUGCGAGCUCGCCCUGGGCAUCGACCCCGACAAUACCGAGCUCAUACGUCUCCAGGGCCGCGUCGACGAGCACGCCGCGCGUCUUGAGCGUCUCGAGGCGGAGCGAACCGAGCGAAAGCGCCGCGCAACACGCACGGAGGAAGCUUUGCAGGUCGCCUUUGUCGCUCGUGGGCUCUGGCUGACCAAGAGCAGUGAUCCACCGGACAACCCAACGCCUGCCCACUUCGACCCCGAAUCUCUCCCAUCCUAUGCAUCACCUGAUAUCCCGCUCGUGGGUGCCAAGCAAGCAUGGAAGGCACCUGAUCCGAUCCGCACGCCGGUCAUAUUCCCCGUGAUGCUGUUGUACCCUCAGCACAACACGUCUGACCUGAUUUCCGAGUACCACGAAGACACGCCGAUCGGCAUGCACCUCGAGGUCAUGUUUCCACUCGAGGCACGCGGCUCCUUGCCGUGGGACCCGCAAGGCGAAUAUGUGGCGAAUCGUCUUUCGGUCAUUGCCAAAACGCGCAAGGGGCGCCUACUGCGCGUCGGCCACAAGCUAAGUCUGCGCGAACUACUGGAUCAGGGCGCGACGCCUUCGAACGACGAUCGCGACGGCAUUGUGCUGCGCGAUGGCAUCAUCGACCUGUACGUCCUGCCCAAGGGGUCGGACGCCGAACGCCAAUGGAUCACCGCGAACAAGGCCUCGUAG